GAUUCGCUGUCCCAAUCAUCGUACUGCGUUCUAAUUGGUGGAUUUUUAAUAAUGACCCCGAGUCGGAUCAACAAAUCGUCAAUCGACAUAAUGGACACCUUUUUAAUUUGUCGGCCGGGGACUAACAUUGAGCAAACUGGAAUGAAUUUUCUGCCGGAUGAGAGUGCGUUCUACGGGCAAAAACUAUAAGAAUAGUAUUCUCUGCUGUGUCCGUCUCAUAGUCAUGUUAGUAAGACAGAAAGUAAAAUACCACUUAGCCACGGCCUUUGUCUCACAAGUCUACUUACGGUCCCCGUCGCGCCAGUGCUCCUUCCAGUUACAUCCGAGGUGAAAGAAGAAACAUGUUUUCCAAAAGCAAAAAAGUUGAGACGGAAAUUAAUGUGUUGUUGGACGAGCCGUUGACCGAUGAGUCGUGCACAAAAAUGGUAAUUGAACUUGUGAAAUACAUCCUUUACCAGAAGCAGCAAAUACCGAUCGCGUACGAUGCACUGGCUCAGUUCCAAACAAGUGUGAAGGCGACCGACAAAAACACAAUAGCCUUUAAAACUUUAACAAACACGUUAAAGAGCGUCUCGGACAAUCUAUUCUCACAAUUCUUUCUCGAGGGGUGCGAUGUAAAAGAAAUUGCUAUAUUAGUUGGUGCUACAGUGGUAUCGCCAAAAUUGUGCGUUAAGAUAGAGCUGCCGUCAUAUGUUCUCAACAGCAAGCAGCAUAAGGAAUAUCAACAUUCUUCGCGAAAACCGCUCGUAAAACUCAUGAGAUCUAUGCUGGAGUGUGACGAGUUCCAAGAAGCUAUGAAUAUACCUUUAAGUAUAACGAAUACCUUCAUUAUGCUGAAAAAAAGAGACAGUAAUCCAGUUUCGGAUUUUUUUGUACCUAAGUCACAAUAUGCACUACCUACGCAAACCAUAACUUUCAAUAUUAGACUGUGCCAGAACAACCAAGUGGAUAUACAGUGUACCUGCAGGACUCUUGUCAAAGUGUAUCAUGACUCAUACAAGAUUCAUACAACGAAAGACAAUGAUGAGGACAAUGUGCAAUAUAUUCAGCGCAGUAGUUCUCCAUCCUCAUAUCGAUGGUAUCAGUCGAAGCAAAUCAUAAAGGGAUUUAAAUAUCAUCUAUGACCAUGCACGCAAGUUUUUUACUACAAUUAUAGCUAAAAUAAUAUCUUGUUGUGCAGAACAAGGGCAGAUCAUUUUUCUACUUUAGGAUAUUAGCAGGAUCAAUAAAUUCAUUUCAAUCAGGGAUAACAGACAGUAUUAGAUAUUGGCAUAUUUAAUAGUGAACUUAUUAUUAUCAUGCAAUGACGUGUCGAGAUGACAAACACGAUCUGAUCACUAUAAGGUCAUGUGACAGAAAUUUCCACUUACAAUCUAAAAUAGCUGACCCAAUUUACAUCUUUGUACAUAACAUUUGUGAUAAGUCUUAUACCGACUAUUGCGUGUAUCGGCUUAUAUAGUCAGUAUUGCAAUACAAAAUUACAUAACAAUAGAAUAUUUUAUUGAUAACAUAUAUUCACUAUGAAAUUUAAGUAGAAUUGAAGUAAAAUUUAAGUGAAAAUUAAUGCUAAUUUAUAUAGGAAUGGAAUUAUGUAAAAUUGCAAUAAAUAUUUGAAUACAUGAUUAUAA